CGUGCACCAGAGGUGUUAACAAAAUGUCCUGAUCAGACCACUGCAAUUGACAUCUGGUCUGCAGGCAUCAUCUUUCUAUCCAUGCUCAGUGGAAGAUAUCAUUUCUUCAAUGCUGGCGAUGAUAUGAAUGCUUUGGCACAAAUCAUGAUGAUCCGUGGCUCACAAGAAACCAUUAGAGCUGCUAAACAGUUUGGUAAGACCGUGAUUUGUAGCAAAGUUCUUCCUUCAAAAGAUUUAAGAACAUUAUGUGAAGAACUAAGAAGAGUGUGCAUGGUGUCUGCAUCGGGUAGUGAAAUAGAACUCCAAAAACCGCUAUCAUCACUGCAGCUAAAAAUAAUGGAAAAGCAAGAUAGCUGGUUUGUUGAGCAGACUAAUGUCAAUCCUUCUGAGGAUACCGAUAAAGGUUUAAACUACACACUCAUGACAGAGGCCACAGGAUCCAAGCAACCUAACUUAAAUGGCUGGGACAGUGUACCAGAUGAGGCCUACCAUCUAUUAGACAGAUUGCUGGAUAUGAAUCCAGCCACAAGGAUCACAGCUGAGGAAGCGUUGUUACACCCAUUCUUUAGCGAUCUCAUGUGA